GUGACAACUGAUUCGUACAAAAUGGCAACCCGACGCCUUGGGAAUUUGUGUGCUGAUAAAACUGUAUUUUUCUUAUGUGACAUGCAAGAGCGAUUUCGUAAUGCCAUCAAAUAUUUUCCAGAAAUAACAGAAGUAGCAUCAAGGCUUGUACAAGCUUCAAAGCUCCUAAAUAUUCCUUUGAUAGUGACUGAACAGUAUCCAAAAGGACUAGGAAGCACUGUAACAGAAUUAGAUAUUUCACAUGCGGCAGGAACAUUUCCAAAAACCAAGUUUAGUAUGGUUUUACCAGAGGUAGAGACCCAACUACAGAGCUUAUGUUCUAACGAUGUUCAACAUAUUGUACUGUUUGGUAUUGAGACCCAUGUAUGUGUCCAACAGACAGUGAUAGAUCUCCUGAACAAAAAUUAUGAAGUGCAUAUAGUGGCAGACGCCUGUUCAUCAAGAUCACAAACAGACAGAGUAUUUGCAUUAGAGAGAUUUCGUCACAUGGGUGCUACAGUAACAACCAGCGAGGCUGUACUACUACAGUUAAUAGGAGAUAAAGAUCAUCCACAGUUUAAAGCUAUCCAGGGUCUUAUAAUGAAAAGCGCUCCUGAUACAGGACUAGUAAAACUUUAACACUAAAACAAGGAACUUUUAUAUGUAAAUAAUAAUAAUUAUGUAGAAAAAAGUGUCAUUCUGAACAUUAAUCAUGUUUACCUUGUCUGUGAAUAAGAACAAUGCAUCCUUUUGUUUCCAUACUAUUGUUAGUGAUUUUAUUACUUUUUUUGUGAAAUGCAUUUGUAUAGUUUACUGCAGAGCAGUUGAACACAAAUCAAUGUAUAAGCAACAUAUGUGUCACCAGCAGUAAUCAUCGAUUUCAAAAAGUUGCUGGCACAACAAAAAGUGAAUUUUUCGACAGCACCACUUUUCACCUGCAUAUUGUGAUGAUCAAAUUAACACACAAAGAGUGAGAUAAAAGGUGUGAAGAGAGUAUAAUAUAGACAUCAUCAAUUCAUAUUUUGACAAAUAACAACUUAUAAAGUGUCUUUUUACUCAAUUAGUGUAAUUCAUUUCAUGUGAUAAAUCAUUUAUAGUAUAUAGAAUUGUUUUGGUAAAUAUAAUUCAUACAGUCACA